AUGAGUAUUAAACAUACUUCUCAUGAAAUAGAACCUAACAACUCAUCACACUUUGAAUCUCCGUCAUUACCUUUAGAUACAAGUAUCAUUGAACCUCCUUCCUUGCAGUACCAAGUUGCAAGUACUACCCCUAUGGUCGAAGAACAAUUUAUUAUUGAUGUAGCUAUUAAUUCUCUUUAUAAAUCUGCUGUAGAAUUUAUUGUUGGUUUACACAAUAAUAAUAAUUUUACCAAAAAAGAUGUCAACAAUAUUCAAUCUGGUAUAAUACAAAGUUUACUGACACCAAUGGUCUCUAUACUGAAAAAUGUUGUUAAAACUGAAGUUAAAGAACCAUUAUCUUUGUCAAAAUUUGAUAAUAUUCUAACAGCUAUGUCCAACCCUUUUCAAUUUUGUACUUCAGAAUACAUUUUGUUAAAAUGGUUAGCUGCAAAUGAUCUUAUAUCUGUAGUAAAACAAUUUACUAUUCAUAAUGAAAUUUGUCCUGUUCAACACCUGGGUGAGACUGUGUAUGAUGAAAAACAAACAAAGGGUGCUCUAUUACCAUUAAAACUCCAGUUUAAAAAAUAUUUUGAGCAUUCUGACAAUUUUAAAAAUCAAUUAAAUAGACUUAAAAGAUUACAACUGAGUAAUGACAAUAACAUAACUAAUUUUGUACAAGGUAAACUUUGGAAACAGAAAAUGUCUCAUCAUAGUAGUGACAAAAUACUAAUUCCAUAUUUUCUUUAUAUUGAUGACGCUGAAAUCAAUAAUCCCUUAGGUUCACAUGCUAUGCACCAACAAAUUUCAGCAAUUUAUUACAGCUUUCCUCUUGCAGAGAAUAGUUCAAAGCUAUCAAAUAUUUUUUUAGCCGCUCUUAUUAAAUCUUUAGACUUAAAAGAAUUUGGAAAUGAUCUCUGUUUGCAAACUUUAAUUUGUGAAAUUAACUUGUUAGAAAAUGAUGGCUUGGAUAUAGUUACUGAAUGUGGUAGUUUCCAUGUUCACUUUAUUCUAGGUAUAGUACUUGGUGAUAAUUUAGGUAUGAAUAGUAUUUUAGAAUUUAGUAAGUCUUUUUCUGCGAAUUACUUUUGUCGUUUUUGUAAAGUCGAUAAAUUAAGGUCAAAACAAAUGUGUGAAGAAGACAUUAGUUGUAUGCGAAAUAUUGAUAAUUAUAAAUUAUAA